AUGUUACGAUCAUCAGUGGGCCUAGGCAGGGCCCGGGUCCCGGCUUUGCGCCAGCCUGCCUCUAGGGGUCUGUCAAAGUUGAAUCCGGCGAUUUGGCACCCAUUUGCUACAAAACGCUUUGCCUCUACCGUUACCAACAUUGAGAGCUUACCCAAUGUUGGAGAGAAGCUUCACGGUUUCACUGUUCGGGAGAAGAAGCAUGUCCCGGAGCUACACCUGACUGCCGUGCGGCUUACCCACGACAAGACUGAUGCGGAUUACCUGCAUGUGGCCCGAGACGACAAAAAUAAUGUAUUCGGUAUUGGAUUUAAGACAAAUCCUCCAGAUGCUACUGGUGUGCCCCAUAUCCUGGAGCAUACCACCUUAUGUGGCAGUGAAAAGUACCCUAUCCGUGAUCCAUUUUUCAAGAUGCUUCCACGCUCCCUUUCAAACUUUAUGAACGCUUUCACUUCUUCUGAUCACACGACUUAUCCCUUUGCGACAACCAACUCGCAAGACUUCCAGAACCUGCUGUCGGUGUACCUCGAUGCCACUUUGCACCCUUUGCUGAAAGAAGAGGAUUUCCGGCAAGAAGGAUGGCGUUUAGGUCCCGAGGAUCCCCGGGCUUUUCUACCUGUUGAGGGUGAACCAGAGAAGAAAGCUCAAUUAGAGGACAUUGUCUUCAAGGGCGUCGUCUACAAUGAGAUGAAGGGACAAAUUUCGGAUGCAAACUACUUAUACUACAUUCGGUUCAAGGAGAGCAUUGUGCCAGCAUUGAACAACUCGGGAGGUGAUCCGGAAUUCAUCACUGAUCUUACCCACAAGCAAUUGUCCGAUUUUUCGAAGCGCAACUACCACCCCAGCAACGCCAAAAUUCUCACCUACGGAGAUAUGCCAUUGACUCGCCACUUGGAGCAAGUCGGGCAAGUUUUAGAUGGAUUCAGCAAAGGACAAACGGAUAUCGAUGUGAAGAUGCCUUUGGAUCUUAGCCGUGGACCUUUGAACGUGACUGUUCCUGGACCUAUUGAUACUUUUGCCAGCGAGAACAAGCAGCACAAGACAUCCACAUCUUGGUAUAUGGGUGAUUCCACCGAUACCGUGGAGACUUUCUCCGUCGGUAUCAUCUCGUCUCUCUUCCUUGAUGGUUAUGGCUCGCCUAUGUACCGCGCUCUUAUUGAGAGCGGACUCGGGUCUUCUUUCACCCCGAAUACAGGCCUCGACUCAUCCGGCAAAGUUCCCAUCUUCUCUGUCGGAUUGACCGGUGUCGGUGAAGCCGAAGCGCCAACUGUGAAACAAGUGAUCCAGGACACUUUCCGAGAAUCUGCAAAGGCCGGGUUCAGCGAGGAGAAGGUCCGUGGAUUCCUUCACCAGCUGGAACUGUCUUUGCGUCACAAGACCGCCAACUUUGGCAUUGGUGUCAUGGAGAAGACCAUUUCCUCCUGGUUCAAUGGCGCGAACCCGAUGAAAGAAUUGGCCUGGAACGAUGUGAUUGAGGAAUUUAAGAGAAGAUAUGAGAAGCCUGGAUAUCUCGAGUCUUUGGUCGAGAAAUACCUCCUCAAUGAUCAGUGUAUGACCUUUACUAUGGUCGGAAGCCCUACAUUCAACAAGGAGUUGGAUCAGAAGGAAGUUGUGCGGAAAGACCAGAAACUUGCCCAGCUUAUUGAGCAGCAUGGCUCGGUUGAAAACGCUGUUGCCAAGCUCAGUGAAGAGGAGCUGCAAUUGUUGAAGGUGCAAGAAGACGCGCAUAAUGCAGACUUGAGCUGUCUCCCAUCGCUACGAGUCAAGGAUAUCUCCAGAGAAAAGGAGCGGAAGCCCGUGCGCGAGUCGAAGGUCGACGGUGUCGACGUUGUCUGGCGCGAGGCCCCUACCAACGGGUUGACAUAUUUCCAAGCCCUGAAUGCCUUUGAAGGUCUCCCUGAACAUCUCCGCCUGCUAAUGCCACUUUUCAACGACUGCGUUAUGCGACUGGGAACAGCGAAUAGGUCAAUGGAGCAAUGGGAAGACCUCAUCAAACUCAAGACUGGCGGAAUAUCCACUUCGUCCUUCUUAGUGUCAUCCCCGACUCACCUGGAUCAAUACAAAGAGGGACUGCAGUUCUCUGGGUUUGCGCUUGAUAAGAACAUUCCUGAAAUGCUGAAUAUGCUUUCAACUCUGGUCACGGAGACUGAUUUCUCGAGUCCUGCUGCCCCGGCAAUGAUCCAAGAGCUUCUGCGAUUGACUACCAAUGGUGCACUGGAUUCAGUCGCCGCAACUGGCCAUCGGUAUGCCGUUAACGCUGCUGCUGCUAGCCUUUCACCUAGUUUCUGGGUCCAGGAGCAGCAGUCUGGCUUGGAGCAAUUGCAGGCUACUGCAAACCUUCUUCGCGACGCAGAGACAUCGCCUGAGCGCCUUCAGGAAUUGAUUGACAAGCUGCGCCUCAUCCAGUCCUUCGCUAUCUCCAAGUCCUCAAGCCUCCGUGUUCGGAUGGUCUGCGAGCAAGAAAGCGCUGCUCAGAAUGAGUCUGUCCUCCAAAAGUGGCUUUCUGGAUUGCCCCAGGGCGGCUUACCCAGUGCAUCUAACACUGCAACUUCAUUCAAGCCCAUUUCUCAGGCUUUCUACGAUCUUCCUUACAAAGUCUACUACUCCGGCCAAGCUACCCAGACAGUCCCAUUUGUCGACCCCUCAAGUGCGCCGCUCACUGUCCUCUCCCAAAUGCUCACUCAUAAUUAUCUACACCCUGAGAUCCGUGAGAAAGGAGGUGCGUACGGCGCGGGUGCUAGCAACGGCCCUCUCAAGGGCAUCUUCACCUUUAUGAGCUACCGGGACCCCAAUCCCCUGAACUCUUUGAAGGUUUUCCAAAACAGCGGAAUUUUCGCCCGGGAUCGUGCCUGGUCCGAGCGGGAGAUUGAGGAAGCGAAACUGGGCAUCUUCCAGGGUCUUGACGCUCCCAUGAGUGUUGAUGAGGAGGGAUCUCGCUACUUCAUGAGCGGUGUCACCCACGAGAUGGACCAGCGCUGGAGAGAGCAAGUUCUUGAUGUCACUGCCAAGGACGUGAACGAAGUUGCUGAUCGUUUCCUGGUCAAUGGCUCGCGUAAGGCGACUUGUGUUCUGGGCGAGAAGAAGGACUGGGCAAACUCGCAAUGGGAUGUGCGAAAGCUGUCCAUGGGCCAAGAGAGUGAUUCUGCGCCUUCUGUUUGA